ACACUAGCGUAGUUGAGAAGUGAGAACCCUCUCCCCAGAAUUUAAAAGGAAAAGAAAAAUCCAGUCACGCCCCAUUGAAUAAUGUAGACCGUCCGUUGAGUUGGACAAUCCAACGCACCUUUUGCUCACAGAAGACCGACCGGUGAAACUCGUGAAAUAUGAACAAGGGAGAGGUGAGGCCUCAAAAGGCUCAUCGUCUCAGAUUCGCUUCAAAACAACGAAGAAGGAAGAACAGCGCAGUUCUUCUUCGUCUCAGGCAUUUAUCAUCGACAACAACCCAACCGUGAAUCGCUGAGGCUGUCUGGUAAAUAUGGCUAGCACUGACGGAGAAGGGAGUGAGAAGAAUUCAAAUAUUCCCCCAGUUCUUAAUGAGAGGAUACUUUCUUCCAUGUCCCAAAGAUCUGUUGCUGCUCAUCCGUGGCAUGACCUUGAGAUUGGACCCGGUGCACCAGCAGUUUUCAAUUGUGUAGUUGAAAUUGGCAAGGGUAGUAAGGUCAAGUAUGAGCUCGACAAGAUAAGUGGCCUUAUAAAAAUUGAUCGUGUUCUCUACUCAUCUGUCGUGUAUCCACACAACUACGGGUUCAUCCCAAGAACCAUUUGUGAAGACAGUGAUCCCAUGGAUGUCUUGGUAUUAAUGCAGGAGCCAGUGCUUCCUGGUUGUUUUCUUCGUGCCCGGGCUAUUGGACUGAUGCCUAUGAUUGAUCAGGGCGAAAAGGAUGAUAAGAUAAUAGCGGUUUGUGCAGAUGACCCUGAGUUCCGUCACUAUCGGGAUAUCAAGGAGAUUCCUCCACAUCGACUGGCAGAGAUCCGCCGCUUCUUUGAGGACUACAAGAAGAACGAGAAUAAAACAGUUGCAGUGAAUGACUUUCUCCCUGCUGAAGAGGCCAUUAAAGCAAUCAAAUACUCCAUGGAUUUAUAUGCAUCAUACAUUGUGGAAAGCUUGAGGCAGUGAAUUUUUCCCCUCCAAAAAUUUAGUAAAUGAAAGUGUGACAGCUGAUUAUAUAUGCUAGGCAGAUGGACUUCUUGCAACAUGCCUGCUUGUACCAAAAUGUCAGUUUGAUCUUGUGUUGUGCUUUUGGUAAAUAUCAUUCCAUUAAGACUGCUUUUGGAUCAUAGAAUCAAAACUGUCUGGAAUUAUCUUAGUUUUAUGUUGUCAUCAAGGAAAAUUGGGGCUUUAAUCUCCAAAUCCAA